AUGGCACCGUAUAGGCUGAAACUGAUAACGAAGCGAGUUUUGCUCAUUGUGUUGAUCGUGGGUGCGCUCAACAUUUUCUUCUUUCUCGGUGACCUAAAAAGUGCUUUGUUCCAUGGACACUUGGGAAGAAAUAUAGCAGCUCGAGAGCGAGCUGCCAUUCGAAAUACUAUUUCCAGGGUUGACAGGACGGUGGCCAGUGAUGCUUUCUUUAAUGCCCUGUUCAGUCAGUUGGAAGCAGCUGCGCCAGUUAAGAGAGAAUUUGACUGGAAAUAUACAAGAGUUGGAGGGUGUGAUAUAGGGGACGUUGGGGUCGAUACGGCAAACAGGGAUACUCGAUUGUCGUAUGAGAAUCUUGCAAGGUGCUUGGAGCUUCCGGAGAAGAAUUACAUGUCCUUGAAGAAUUCUCAUGCAAAGUUCGUUGACUAUGUGAACAAAAUCGACACCUCUUCCAAGACCUUGGAUAUCAUAUACCCUACGAAACGAGGUAUUGUCACAGUGGGAGGAGGUCGAUAUACGUUACUUUCCUAUCUAAUGAUCCAGAUGGUAAGACGAUCCGGGAGCAAAUUGCCCAUUGAAGUCGUCAUUCCUCCUAACGACGGACCCGAAGAGGAUUUCUGUCGUAAUAUUCAGCAAUACAAUGCAAGAUGUGUUCUUUUCGAAGACAGGUUGCCACAAAAGCUAAUUGAUUCUUUAAAGCUUAAAACAUACCAAGUGAAGGGUUUGGCUUUGCUUCUAUCAUCCUUUCAAGAGUUCGUUUUUAUCGAUUCAGACAAUAUGCCUCUAAAAAACGUCGAUAAGGUUUUUGAGUACGAUGUGUACAAAGACAACAAAAUGGUUGUUUGGCCCGAUAUCUGGAGAAGGGUUACUUCACCCUCACUUUACGAGAUCGUAGGCCUACCGGUAGACCUCUCGGCACGUGUCCGUAAUGGCGGUGACGAUAUUUCGCCCGUUACACGUUACGAUAAAUCGUACUCUUCACUAGCCGAAAACAAGGCAAAUAAACCAAUGCAUGAUUUCUUCGCGACUCUUCCAGAUCCAACUACAGAAUCUGGUCAAAUGAUUGUCAACAAGAGAACCCACUUGAAGUCGUUACUCCUAGCAUUUUACUACAACGUUUAUGGACCCGAGUACUACUACCAGUUAUUAUCACAGGGUACCUCGGGCCAAGGUGACAAGGAAACAUUCAUAUUAGCAGCCCAUGUGUUACACCAGUCAUACUACCAAGUGAAAAAAGUCUUGGGCUUUACCGGAUACCACGACCCAACACAAGAGACGGGUGGUAUGUACAACGGUGCUGGCUUGCUGCAAUUUGACCCACAGCAAGACUACGCCUACUACUUACAGCUGAAGGAAGAAGUUAACGCACACUUUGAAAAAUAUAGCAAAUACGAUGAAAACUAUAGCAUUAAGAAGACAUUCUACCAGAAUAUGAUAGACAGAAUAGGGGACGAGCCUCGUGAGAUUCUCUUCCUCCACGCCAGUUUCCACAAAUACGACCCGUGGGAUCUCUACGUAACAGGAAAAUUGGUUCACCCUGGUGGUCAACAAUUCAGAGCCUAUCCUUGUGCGUCUCCUACUUUUGGCGGCUUCGAUGUAGAGCUCUUUCUCUGGGGACAUGUAGAGAAGCUGGUGUGCUCCAAUAAGCCAUUGGAAAUGCAUUACGUACAGAAGUUACAACAAGACCCAUCCCUUUACAGUGCUGUCUGCCAAUGGACCAAGGACAGGCUCCAUCAUCUCCUGGAAACUCAUGACGAGUACGUCUCUUACAAAGAUACAAAGAAAUGUGUCAACAUCAAAAAAGUAGUUGAAAUGUAA